GUUAUAAUUUCAAGUGGGCGGACUUUUACAACCAAUUUCGUCAUUCAUUGGAUAGAAACAUUUGUGCGGUGUCUCAAACUUUUUUUGGAAGGUGUGGUUCUGACUCAGAAAGUAGUUUCAUGGCAGAAUAAUAAACAGACAUUCAAGACAGUAGCUGAUUAAGGUGAACAGGCAGAGAGUGAGAAUAGCUGCAAGCAGCAAUCAGAAAGAGCUCAAGUGACCAUUCAGUGCUGGAGACACAGAACGUGGGUGAGCUCAAUGCCAGCAAUGGGUCUCAGUACACGAGGGAUGCUUUCUUUCUUACUCCUUGUCCAAGGUAUUCUUCAACCAUCCCAAGCAUUUAAUGUUGACGUGAUGAGCACCAAAACAUUUUCAGGCCCACGAGAUGUUCUCUUUGGCACCACCGUUCAGCAGUUCUCAGACCCUCAAAAUGGUCAAUGGCUGCUUGUUGGCUCUCCAUGGAAUGGGUUUCCGGAUAAUCACAUGGGAGAUGUCUACAGAUGUCCUGUAAAUGGCAACAGUGCAAGUUGUGAGAGACUUAACUUGGGAGAUAAAAUGACUUUUCCAAAUGUGACAGAGGUCAAGCAGAACAUGAAUACCGGUGCAACGCUUGUCAGGAAUGAUGAAACUGGCGGAUUUUUGGUUUGUGCUCCAGUAUGGGCACAGGAAUGUGGAAAACUGUAUUAUCCAACAGGAUUGUGUUCAGAUGUAAAUUCAAACUUCCAAAUAUCAAAAACCUUCGCACCUGCUGUUCAAUCGUGUGCAUCUGCCAUGGAUCUUGUAAUAGUGUUGGAUGGAUCCAACAGUAUCUGGCCUUGGGAACCAGUCCAAAAUUUCCUGAAAAAAUUAACGGGAAGCUUAGAUAUAGGUCCGAAGAAAACUCAGGUGUCCAUUGUACAAUAUGGUGAAAAUGCAAGAAUUGACUUAUCAUUGAAUUCUUUCGAAACAACAGCUAAAGUUGAAAAGUAUGUAGCAACGAUCGCUCAAAAGCAAGGACAAGAAACAAACACCGCAGGUGGAAUUGACUAUGCAAGGAAAUAUGCAUUCUCGCCUCAAAAUGGUGGAAGGCCAUCAGCAACUAAGGUAAUGGUUGUUGUAACUGAUGGUGAAUCUCAUGACAGUGCCAGAUUACCGGAAGUGAUAGUUCAGUGUGAAGAUGAUCGAAUAACCAGAUUUGGGAUUGCUGUUCUUGGUUACUACAACAGACAAGGGAUAAACCCAGACAAGCUAAUCAAAGAAAUUAAGUCCAUUGCAAGUACUCCAAAAGCAAAGCAUUUUUUCAAUGUAUCCUCAGAAGAUGCCUUGAUAGAAAUAGCUAGUGCCCUCAAAGAACGAAUCUUUAGUAUCGAAGGGACCAGCAAUAAGAAUGAAGAUACCUUCCUGUUGGAAAUGGCACAGGUUGGAUUCAGUGCACACAUUGUACCUAGCAAGGGCGUAAUGAUAUUGGGAGCAGUAGGAGCUUAUGAUUGGUCAGGCACAACUGUACAUCAAUCUUCUGUCAAGACGACUAUAUUUUCCAAGAAAGUCUUUCAAGACAUUCUGCAAGAUAGAAAUGACAGUUCAUACUUAGGCUAUUCUGUGACAUCAAUGGCUACACAAGAUUCCGUGCUCUAUGUUGCUGGAGCCCCACGCUUCCAACACACGGGCCAGAUCAUCAUUUAUGCAGUUGGAUUAAAUGAUCAAGUGCUGAUUAAACAGACACAAAAAGGAGAACAGCUUGGUUCAUAUUUUGGCAGUGUGCUUUGCUCUGUAGAUGUUAACCGCGACUCACUGACAGAUGUACUGUUAGUUGGGUCACCCAUGUAUAUGGGUUCACACAAAAAUGAGGAAGGAAGAGUGUACAUGUUUUCUCUCAAUGAGCAUGGAAAUCUGGAAAAGAAAGGCAUGUUGGAAGGACCAACCAAUGGAAGGAACAAUCGCUUUGGAUCUGCCAUUGCUGCCAUCACUGACAUCAAUCUGGAUGGUUACAAUGACGUGGCAGUGGGAGCACCUGUCGAAGAUGAAAACCAUGGAGUAGUUUACAUUUAUAAUGGUCAUCAAAAAUCAAUCCAACCAAAACAUACGCAAAAAAUACAAGCUUCAGCAUUCAACUCACAAUUGCAAUAUUUUGGGCUGUCCAUCGAUGGGCAGAAGGAUUUGAAUGGAGAUUCUAUCACAGAUCUAACAGUUGGAUCCAUUGGGAAUGUGGUGCAACUUUGGUCACGAAACAUUGCAAAUGUAAGUGUUACAGUGAUGUUUGACCCAACAAAAAUCUCAAUUUUGACCAAAUCUUGUAUAAUCAAUGGAAAUAGUCAAACUUGUGACAAAAUUAAAAUAUGCUUCCAAGCUUCAAUUAAACCUGAAAAAUCUGGAUCAUCAAUAGAUAUUGGAUACAAACUCACACUGGAUGCUGGUCUCAAAUCAUCUCGUGUUAGUUCACGAGGACUAUUUCAAGCAAAUAAUGAUCGAGAAAUAAAGAAGGUCAUUACAGUCGAUAACUCACAAAAAUGCAAUGAACUCAUCUUUUAUGUCCAAGAUCCUGGAGAUAUUGUAAGCCCGAUUGGCCUACGUUUAGACAUUAAUCCACAAAGGCUUGAAACCGGGCCCACUCUUGAUGUCAACACAGCAAAAUCUAGGGAGUUUUUUAUUCCUUUCUCCAAUGACUGCGGUGAAGAUGAAGAAUGCGUAACUGAUCUUGCAAUUAAAGUUCGUGUAAUUAAUCCCAGCAUCAGAACAACACCAUACAUUGUUAGCAGCAAGAACAAACGGAUAACAAUUAAUGUAGAGACAGAGAACAAGAAGGAAAAUGCGUUUAAUGCAAAAGUCAACAUAAAGUUUUCUAAAAACAUAUUUUUUUCCUCAGUUGAUAAUGUUCAAGUUCCAUGUAUAAUUGUAGACCCACAAUCAAUAUCUUGUGACAUUGGGCACCCAUUAUUGCGAGGAGGAGAUAAGGUCAAUUUUGUUGUCAAUUUUGACUUUAACUUUGAAGAACCAAGGAGAGAUACAUUUGUGAUAUUCCACGCUGUAAGUGACAGUAUUGAGCGCCCAGAAACUGAGUUCAACAAUAAAGGAAGAGUUGAUUUCACCAUACAGUACGAUGCUGAAAUUCUCUUCUCAAGAGCUACCAACAUACAUUUCUAUGAAGUCCAUCCUGAUAAAGUCAUUCCAGAUAUAAUCAAUGACUUUAAGGAUAUUGGUCCAGAAUAUAUUAUUACACUCAAAAUCAACACUGGACUUUUUCCUGUUCAGACUGCCAUUGUUACUGUUAAAAUACCAGUAACCACAAAAGACAACAGUCAACUUUUGUACCUCACUGGAGUAAACACAAUUCCGGAGAGCAACUUCAUAUGUCAUUUAAAAGAACAAGUCGACAAACUGAACAUCAAACACACGCCUUAUUCUGCAACUUUUACAAAGGAAAGCCUCCAGAAAGUAAAAGAUUUGAACUGCGAAAAUACCAACUGUGAAAGUUUUGAUUGCACAAUCAACAACCUUGCAAAGAACAAAGAAUAUUUAAUUAAUAUUACCACCAGAAUCUGGGAGGGUACAUUUAUGAAUGCCGUCUUUCAAAGCAUAAUAUUGAGUCUGGCUGCACAGAUUGAAAUAAGCGGACAAUUGUUGAUCAUCAAAAACAAUACAUUAUCAAUCCCAGUUACAUUAAUCAAACCUGUGGGAAAAGUUAAGGUACCUGUCGGUGUGAUUGUGGGGAGUAUCAUAGGUGGAUUACUUGUGCUUUUAGCACUCAUUGGUGCCCUAUGGAAACUUGGCUUCUUUAAAAGGAAAUACAACAAACUGGCAAAGGACGAAGAGGAAAAUGAUGACGAUGACAAUGACAAUGACAAUCUCAAUGAUAAUGCUGCUGAAGAAUAAUGAAUUAUGGUUAAUUUCACUGUGAAUUAUACAGGUUCUUAGACUGAAUUGUUGAAUAUGGCUGGUCGCAAGGGAUGUGGUAGAUGUAUUCAUAUUAGGUCACUACUAAACUGAGUGUCGUUAUAGAAAAUCUUGAAGAUUUGAUAGAUUCAGUGUUUACAUUUUAUGGAGCUAAUUUUCACUUUUGGAGAAAAGCAAAAAUUACUGCUUUUAUUCCCAUUUGAUCUACUAAUUUAAAUGUGGGAACAUGACACUUUAAAGUGUGCCAUUUCAGUCAUUGGUUGUAGAUUAUGAAGAAAAUGGCCAAUUUCCACGUUCAUUUCAGGAAUUUCAUCCUUUAUUUCUUCUUGAAGAUUAUGGAAUCAUCAAUAUAAGAGCUGAUCAUGGUCUUCUGCAAAAAUGUUGCUACUAAAAAAUGUAAAUGUGCUCAUCAUUGAAAUCAAUUGAAUUUGGUCGAGAGGGUCCCCAAACUGAAAAGGAGAAUUUUAAGAUGUUCAAUAUUCUACCUAGCCUCAAGGCAAAAGGCAAACAAUUUGUUUAUACAAUGUGAUACUUAAUUGCCUAUCACUGUGAUAUCAGGGGCAAAUAGUUGCAUAUAUUUAACUAGCAGGAAAAGAUCCUCAUUAAGUACAAAUGUCAAAGGGUUGCAGGCAAUCCUACUGCUGGUUUGCAAAUUGAGUUGCUGGUGACCAAGAUUCCCUUUGUAAGAACAUCUUCAGAACAUUACUCCCAUUGUUUUCUUUUGCACUCAGAAUGUUGGUUCUGAUCCACAUACACAAUGGGAAUAAUAAUGCAUAUUUUAAGUCAGCCAAUAACAUACCCAGCCAGGCACACAGUAACAUUGAUUGCUUUCCCAGAUUUCAAUUUGUACUGCCAUCUAUCCUUCUAGUUAUGCAUUCUAUCAUUAAAUUUCACUUUCCUCUUAGUCAAUAAGAUUAUUGCUAAUUUUUACCUAUUUCUUUUGAAAAUGGUUCUAUUUUGCUCCACUCUGCUGUGUGCUAUGUUUCAAUAUUUCCACUUUCGUCGGAUCAAUACUUCAUCGAAAGCUGAUUCAGGUACUGGGAGCAAAUAAUCUAUUGUCAUUCAGGAUAGCUACUCUGGUUUAUUAAAGCCAACAUUAUGCUAUGUACUAAUGUCCGAUCACUAAUACAUUAUUAUGUAAAUAAGACUUACAAAAUAUCUUUUGAAUACGAUUAAAAGUUUUUUUCUACAAAUCAAAGGGAUAUGGGUAACAUUGCAAGAAUUUUUUUAAUGAAACAUUUCUUGAAGAAUGGUACUGUUUUCAAUAAUAUGAUUAGUACAUUUUAUAUGCAUCGACUUUUCUGCCAACAACAUUUAAAUUUGAGUUCUUGUUUCUCAAAGUAUUUUUUAAAAACACCACCAUUAAGCUCAUUUUAAAAACAAAUGUGCUGAGCACUGGAAAUCUAUAUGAACUCAAUGCAAACGCCAGUCAUGGUGCACUGGUGGGACUUAUUGCACUUACUGAUUUGGGUUUAUAUAUAUGUAAAUAUAUGCUUCAAAUAUUUAUUAGGUGAUUUCUUCCCAAAUACAAUACUACUGUUUAUUUUUCAUUUUGGAUUGAAAAGUGAAAGGGUUGUCUGGCUAUGCAUUGCCUCCUUUUAAUGUGAAAUGUCUAUCUCUGUAAUUCACAGGCUUUAAUUAAAAGAAAUGAAUAAGAACAAAA